UCGAGGCCUCCGUCACGAAGGCCUCUUUGCCUAUGGCCGGGAGGCGCGUUGGGGCCUGGUUCUGUGGAGAAAUCGGCUGAGGGGAGGUUUGUGAAGGUCAUCAUCGUCAUCAAUCGUAUUUAUUGAGCGCUUACUGGGUGCAGAGCACUGUACUAAGCGCUUGGGAAGUACAAAUUGGCAACAUAGAGAGACAGUCCCUACCCAACAGUGGGCUCACAGUCUAAAAGCGUUGCCAUGACGGCGGGACGGGACAUGUUCGAUGCCAUCACGACGGCGGAAGAGAGAUAUCAUGAUGAAGGUUAUCAUGAAGGUUAUAAGGAAGGCAGCUGUUACGGUAUAACAGAGGGAAGGCAAUAUGGAGUAAUUCAUGGUGCCAAAAUUGCUGUAGAGAUUGGAAACUACCAAGGUUUUGCACUUACAUGGAAGUUUCUUCUGAACAAAUGUACAACUGACAAAGACAGCAAAAGAAUCAAGAUCCUAGAAGCAUUAAUAGGGAUGAUCCAAAAAUUCCCAUUUGAUGAUCCUACUUAUGACAAACUUCAAGAAGACUUAGAGAAAAUUAGAGGAAAAUUUAAACAGGAAACCUCUGGUAUUUCAGAAAUAGGUUAAAGGAAGAGAAGCAAUUUUACCGUUCUAUUGGACCGUUCUGUUGACACAGGAAUAAAGUACAGCAAUUCUUAAAGUAACUUUACAACUGGAUGGAGCCGGAACCUGAUAAGAAGUUAUAGUGAGAAUAUUUUUAUUUUACAUAUUAUUUCAUGUAAUUUCUCAGAGUACUUUUGGAUAGCCAUAAAUCAGGCUCUAUGACAUCAUGCUUAGUACAUUAUUUUUCAACUGGGAUACCUGAUACAUUGAGAGAUUGCCUUUUGCCCCAUAUUACCAGGGCAAAUGCUUGGUAAAUCUGGAAUCGGAUGCAAGCAUUUUGCCUUCCAGCCACUCUCUCUACAUAAUAACUCUCAUGAAGAGUGGUUAUUCCGCACCCAUUAGUCAUUGUAAAUGUGGGGUGUCACGGUCUAGGAGAUAUCUGUGAUGAAUGCACUGCAUAGAUCUUUAGUGUUAGGUAGACUUUGCCUGACUAUUUUUGCUCACAAAUCAAUUCAACUUCAGUAUUUCAUUAGAGAGAGAUGCCAAGCCCCUUCCUAAAUAGACCGCCUGUUUUCUUCAGGAAGUUACUCUUCUGUGACAGUAAUGGAAGCAGUGGCAGAACAUGUCUCUGGAUGCUUAAUCACAGCUGUUGUUGACACUUCUAUACCAUGAAGGCAACUGGGGGAGGAAGGGACAAUAAACAUUCAUGAGGAAAAGUUCAGGCAACUUGAUCUUACUGUGGGCACCAGGGCAAGAAAUGAGACUGGCAGAGCUCCUGGCUGGAGACUGAUAUCCUCAGACAAGAUUAUGAGCCUUCAGUCAGAAAGGCUAAGCCACGGCGUAUGAGGCAAUGUGAAGGUAAAAGCUAAACAGAGACAACCUCUCCUGACUGUACAGGUCACAGUGAAAGUAAGAGUUAAAAUGGCAGACAGUCUCUUAGCAACUGCUGGCACAUAGAUAGUUGUUUGAAAUAGAAUUGGAAACUCCCAAAAUCUAGUUCCAACCAGUUAAAGUGGCCCUCAGAUGCUUUAGUGAUUACAUGAGGUAUUUGGCGUGGUUUGGGGAUUGAUGAGUCUUGUUCAUCGUGUUUCCCAUGUAGAUCUUUUCUUGUUUUGUAUUUUUAAAGCAGCUACAUGCUUUUAUAACAAAAAGAUGUUAUUUUAAAUUCCGAUUAAUUGAGCUCCAACAGUGGACUGGUCUCUAAAAUAUGGAAAAAAGAUGCACUCCUCAUUUUCUAGACUUCAGAUUGUUAGGAAUGCUUGUUUCCUAGUGGAUUAUUGAAAACACACAGAACUUUAAUCUUUCAUGAACCUGAGCUAAGCAGACUAUGGCAAGUAUUUUUAAAGAUUUGGAAAGUUUCGCAGGAACUCCUGAUUUAACUGGGUUUUUAGUAAAAAUAUACGUAAGGUGAAAUUCAGGCCACACUAAUAUCCUAGGCAACCUUCAGCAGGACUGCUGGUUCAUUUUACAUAGCUCUAAGCUUGUCUUAUGCUCAUGCAAUUAAAUUAGCACAUGGAAUGUAGUAGUACCUCAAAUACAUAUGUACUGUUUUGAAAAGGCAGUGUGUUUAGUAGUAAACCAUUCACAAGCCAGAGAAAAGAAAAUCACUGUAUUUAUAGUUUGACCCUUCUAAAUGUCACUGUUAAUUAAUAGUCAUUAAAUAAUUUCAAAUCAAGGUGCAAGUUUGUUGCAAAUAGAUUAAAAGAAAGAUUAUCAGAUGCCUAAGUGGUCUCUGUUCAGGCAGGACUUUGUCCUUAUAGAAUAAAUACCAAUAUUUGUCUUUGGAGUGGAACAUUGUAUUUUCUAUUUUCAUGCCAUAUAAUAACCAAAAUGUUAAUCUUCAGCAUCAUCAGAAAUCCAGGGAAUAAUCAAUAUUGCAUGGAAUCUUUCUUGAAUGUAGGGAACUGUGAGUCAGCAGCCCUUUAAUUUUUAGUUGCUGCUAUUGUUCAAGGAGCAAGCUUUACUGCUAUUGUCCAGUGUUUGUCCAGCUCACGUUUAGUGGACUGUGGGAACGGAUUAGGGUUUCAUGGCUUUUUUUCCCUUCUUGCAUAAACUCUUGAUCAAAGACAUUCCUUGGAUGACAAAACACUGUAUACUGUGUCACACAGUCCUGACCAGACUGCACGAAUAGUAGUUUAAAAACACAUGCAUACAUUGUUCUCUAACUGGCAUUUUAGUUUCCAAUAUAUGUAUAGUCACACUAAAAAUUUUAGACCUUAUUUGCGUCCUGAAAGAAAAAAAACAUUCAUUGCGUAUAGUUGCCACGUAAGUAAAGAAGGAAUGAAAAUGUGAACUCUUCAUUAUCAAUUGUAAAUGAAGGGUCAACAUUAAUAGAUAAUAGUAUCAUUUGUACAAGGACCUUGAAGUUGCAUCUGCUCUGAAUCUUCUUGUACAGCAGUGCCAAAUGUGAUGCUGUCUUGAGCACUGGUUGGAGCCGGACAUAUCCUUAACUGUUUUUUCUUAUUAAUGUCUAUAUGUAAUUAAUUGUAAUGUGGGUUAAGUGCUCAUUUGGGGAAUGAAAUGCUGUAAAUUUUUUAGGUAUAGGAAUGAAUGAAUAUUCUCCUUGAGGUUUGUCCUAAUAGGUCUACCACAAAUACAAUAGUGUUCCCUGACAAUUUCAAAUAUCCAACACAAUUUAUGCUAAAAACCAACAAGAAAAUUUUACCUUGUAAGCACAGAAUACAGCUGAGGCUAAGGAAAAUCCAUAAAUGUUGUGCCCCAGCCUACAAUCGGGUACAUCAUAUUUUUCAGAUUGAUAGCACAGCAAAAAAGGGCUGCGGCAACUUCAAAGUGUAAAAAACACGUAAGAGAAAUCGCCAAGAAAUUAUGCUGAGAAUUAGACCAGAAUGCCCCUGUGCAGUUAAGAUCAACAGGAAUGAUUUUAUGCAUCUCAGAAGUUGGCACAAAAAUUUCAAGAAACCCAUUAGUUUCUUUAAAAUUGACUGAAUGCAAGUGGUGGUGUUGUGUGAAGGAAUUCCCCUAACUCUGAAUUCGUGCUAUGUGAUCUGUAUCAAGGAACCUUUAUGCCCGUCAGAUAUUGCAUUGUACCCAAUCCAUAUUCGUUAGGUUUUCCUUUCUCUCCCCAAGUUCACCACUGCUCUCAGAGGACACAGAGCCUGUUUUGGGUUAGUCUCUCCCUAUUUCUUCAAGGCAGACCUCACUUUUCAAAGGAUAAUUACUGGUAUCUGUGAUUCCAGAUAAUCACUUCUCUAAUUGGGCUGGAUUUAAGCAAGAGAAUGAUGUCCUUUUUUCUCAGCAGUUGACUAUCUCAACUCUUGUAAGCUUCCACCAUUACAACUUUCCCAUAGCCGCCAGAAAAUGGUUUUCCCUUUUCAGCGUUUCACCCUUUUCCAGAUUCAUGCCAAACUGACUUCUACAUCUAUAGCUGAAGGUGAUAUUGUCUCGUGCUAAUAGACAUCGGAGGUCAUCUAUGAACCCUAUGUGAGAUGGGGGUGUCAAACCUGAUGCUUUUUUUAUCUACCCCAAUAAUGCUUGGCACAUAUGUGCUUAACAGAUACAAUCAUCAUCAUCAUCAUCUUGGUUACAACUCCAAAUAGCUAAGAACAGUACUCCAACUUUGCAGCAGUUGUUCUAAAGAAAAAUGGAGGCACUCAAAAAGGAUGUCUUGGUAAUGUGACCAAAUUGAGGUUUAUGUUGUCAUGUUCAUAUUUUCACAUUGCUCAUUUUUAGGAUUUGAGUUGUUCUUUUGGGUUGCUUUAAAGUAAUUUGAACCACCUGCCCAUCUUUUUAUAAAAGUAGCUCAAUUAUGUUUAAUACAUUAAGAACCAAAUUAAAAUAUGCAAAUUAAUUUGUUGCUUUUAACAAAGCUGCAUUUUCAUCCUGCUUUACAAAUACCUAUAACUAUCAUUUUAUGCAGGCAAGUAGCAAAGAAUGCCUUGUUCGUCCCAUGAGGAAGGUAAUUUAUUUAUGUGUCUGGGAUCGUUAAUGUUUUAGAAGUUAGUUGCAAGACUGGCCUACAACCGUGGGAUGUAUCAGGUCAUACCAAACUAAAGCUGAAACUUGAAAACCUAUUUUAAGCAAUGAAACAACUCUUCUUCUUUUUAAUAUUGUCUUCUCCAAUUAUUAUGUUUCACAUCUGGAUAAACUGGUCACCAUGCUAAGGGCCAGUCUACGAAGUACCUGAGCUAAUACUACACAGCUAAACCUGUGAUCUCACGCCUGAUUUUUCACUCUAAUCACUAAAAAGCCACAAAGGGCGGGGAGGGAGUGGAAAAAAAAAUCUCAUAAAGGACCAUUAACAAGUCUCUCUCCCCUUAACCAAUUCCCUAUCCUUGCUUUUUUUUCACUAGUUGGUCUGUCAGAAGGGGGCUGAGAUAAUGAGUUCAUGCUGUUAUGAUGCUUGUUGAAUAGGAAAUGGUCAAAUUUACUAUUUAAGGACUCACAUUAUAGCUAUAAUCCUCAACUUCCAAAAAAUAAUGAUUUGAACUGCAUCACUCUUUAACAACAAUGUCAGGAACUUUCCUGAAAUGUACGGUGAGGGUUGGGGGGACUUUUCUCUAGUCAAUGAAUAACACAGAGCUUGGUCAUUGGGUUUUACAAAUUUUAUUUCUAGACUUUAGGUUGUUUUUUUUUUGUAUUGGUUUUUGUUUUGUUUUUUUUUGUUUUUUUUUUGCUGGAAUCUUGUCUGUUACAGGUCUGUUGGUGAAAAUGUGCAUUUCAGACCAGGGAUGCCGAAAGUACAAUAUAAAAACGUACAAAUCUGAAUUGCUCACUUACUCUAGAUUGUUACAAAUUUGUAAAUAAUGUGACAAAUAAAGCAUCUCUGUUGACACAUGAA